AUGGAGGAAUACAGUCCGCAGAGCCCCAGAAAGGAAAAGAAAAUAAAAAAGGGCCAAAGGCCCAUGGUCGUCAGUAACAGGAAGCCAUUUAACAUUUUCGAGAAGAAGAAAACGGCCAAGCCAAUUGUCCGCGACCCCCGAUUUUCCAACCUCUCAGGCACGCUCAACCCGACCUUCUUCAAAAAGGCAUACAAAUUUCUGUUCGACAAGAGACAGGAGGAAAAGGGAAUCAUCGAGCAAAAGCUCAAGGGAAAGAAACUGACACAGGAGGAGAGGCAAGAGCUUAAGAAGAAGCUAAGUACCUAUAAGGACACUGAACGGAUGCUUCAAAGGAAGGAAGAGGAGCGAAAACUAAAACAGGAGCUUGUCACACAGGAGAAAGAAAACAUAUUACGUAAAAAUAAGCAGCCAUUUUAUUACAGCCAGAGAAGGAUUAGAAAGAUGGUGAAUGAGCAGAUGGCCAACAAGGGUAGCAUCAAGAAGGCUGUGAAGAAGGAGAAGAAAGUUGUGCAGAGGGAGCGCAAGAGAAACAUGAUCCCGGAGAGGCGCCUUGUCGCCGACAACGUGUAA